CCCAGUUUUUUUACACACUUCUUUCGUGAGUUGGGCGUAGCGACAUCACCGCUGCCAUGUCUCGGAGCGCGGGCUGCCCCUCUCUACGAUGUCCCCGCUUCGAGGUCCAAGUCGUGAUCUAGGAAAUAAAAAGACGGGGAUACAGCACCAUACACAGACAGGUUUUUGGGGUUGCAAGGCACUUUCAAGCAAGUGGAGCUGGAUGCCUACGUUCAGAAUAGUGAAUCACCACUAUUUGCAACUGGUUCAAAUUUCAGAUUAGUGCCGUCGGAACGGAACUUGGAAGGUGCAUCCUCAUAGACAGCUAAAACGCAGGUGCAGGAGGAGGAGCGGAGGGACCGACUGGACGACACGGGUUUUGCCGAAAAACGGCUAUUUUCGAGGCAGAGGUGCCUUGCCUUCGGUAUUCUCUGUUGUCGACAGAAAUUCGCAAGUUUGUAGUUCAACACUAUUAACCUAAUCAGGAAUUUUACAGGCCACGGGGGUAGUUCUGUUGUUUUUAUUAAGCAUCUAGGCUUCUCUUACAAGCUGAUGCUUUUAAUUUUGGCAGCUUGUGAAUUCAAAUCCGAAAUGCUUUGAUCAUCGACGAAGUUGUUCACACCCGAAAGGCUUUCUUCUAGUCGAGGUGAUCUGAAGAGAGCUGUCUACGAGUCCUUGUGACACCUCGAAGUAUGUCCAAUUUGAUGACUGAGUUCGAUGCUGUUAUAGUCGGAGCAGGCAUUGCGGGGCUCUACCAGCUCUACCGGCUCCGAAACUUGGGCUUGAGGACCCACGUCCUAGAGGCGGAGAAAGAGGUUGGUGGCACUUGGUAUUUAAACAAGUACCCCGGGGCACGAUGCGACAUUAAAAGUAUCAUGUACUCGUACUCGUUCUCCCCGGAGCUGGAGCAAGAGUGGAACUGGUCGGAGAAUUACUCCAACCAACCAGAGAUUCUACGCUACAUCAACCAUGUCGCAGACCGCUUCGAUCUCCGCAAGGAUAUCACGUUUAACACGCGCGUCACGGGCGCACUCUACAACGAAAGCAGUAAACGCUGGGAGGUUCACACCGAUCAGGGGAAAACAAUCCGGACGCAAUUCCUCAUUAUGGCAACAGGAUGUCUGUCAACGCCAAAGCAACCCGAGAUACCGGGCAUCGAGAAAUUCCAAGGCUCAUCGUACUACACGGGCCGCUGGCCUGACAAACCAGUUGAUUUCACCGGCAAACGCGUCGCUGUAAUCGGCACAGGAUCCUCGGCUGUGCAGAGCAUCCCUAUCAUCGCCCAACAAGCAUCCCAACUGACAGUUUUCCAACGCUCGGCAGCAUGUUGCGUCCCAGGUUUAAAUUACAAGCUCACUGCAGAUGAAAUUGCUGCCUCGAAGGCGAGCUACAGCACAUUGCGCAAGGCGCAGCGCGAGUCCCCCGGUGGCUUUGUCGAUGAAAGGGGUUCGAAGAGUGCCCUCGAGGAUAGCGAGGAAGAUCGCCAGGCCAGGUACGAAAUGCUCUACCAAAGAGGCACUUUGGAUGCUAUCAUUGUUUGUGCAUACAACGACCUCGUGAUCAACAAGGAAGCUAAUGACACUUUCAGCGAAUUCAUCCGACAAAAAAUUCGUUCAAUCGUCAAAGACCCUGUAGUCGCCGAUUCGCUUUCCCCACGCGGCUAUGCAGUCGGUACCAAGCGUAUCUGUCUCGACUACGGAUACUACGAGACCUUCAAUUUGGACCACGUCCACUUGGUGGACCUAACAAAGACACCGAUUCUCGAGAUGACGGAGAAAGGCAUUCGGACUUCUGAGAAAGAUCAUGUGUUCGACGCAAUCGUGUACGCUACUGGAUUCGACGCCAUCACUGGCACACUGACACGAAUCGGGAUACAAGGGAAGAACAAGCUCUUGCUCAAGGACAAGUGGGCCAAGGGGCCACGGACUUACUUGGGAAUCGCCAUCGCCGAGUUUCCGAACCUCUUCACUAUUACGGGACCGUUCAGCCCGAGCGUUUUUACCAUCAUGACGGUGGCGAUUGAGCAGCACGUGGACUGGAUCACCGAUUGCCUCAAAUAUCUGCGAGAGCAUGGAGUUGAGGAGAUCGAGGCUACAGUCGAGGCUGAGGAUGCGUGGGUGGAGCAUUCCCUUGCGGUUGCGAAUAUGACCUUGUUUCCGAAAACAGCUUCCUAUUACACGGGAGGGAAUGUGGAGGGCAAACCGUUUAUGCUCUAUCCAUACGUUGGAGGUUUAGCUAAUUAUCGCCAAGUUUGUGAUGGUGUUGCCGCUAAGGGAUACGAGGGAUUCAAGCUGAAAACCAAGGGCAUUGUUUAAUGAAUACAUGCUUCGCGCAAGCCCCAAAUGUAUAGAGAUAGACUAGGCAGCGAUUGAGAACCUCGUUGCAAGCAUGCAGCUAUACCUCAACUGCAUCUGAACUGGACAUAUUCUGGUCAGUUUCUCUUCCGAAAUCCAGCUGUCCCUUCACACUGUUGAGUUGAUGAUUUCCGAGUUCAAUUGUGACACACGAUGGAAGUGAGAAGGAUAACAAACUUGAACCCAUAAUCUGGCCUAUCCACACCCAAGAGCAUGAGAAGAAAGGCUUCCGAUGCUGUCCAGGGUUGGAGAGUAUGCAUCGAUGCAGCAACACACAGCUUGCCUUCACGAGGUUUUGUAAUAAUGCCACAGUAAAAACCAUGUUUGUUCACUUCGUCUCUGCACUGUUUCGUCUGACACCAUGACGAAGGCUCGCUUUUAGCUUUCCUGCAUCACAUCGAUCCUGUGCUGACGUUCCUAUUCACUCCAUGUGGCUACAGCUUGGUCUUCAAUGGCAUCCAUUGACACGAAGAAGCGACGGUGUACAUAUAUAUCUGCACUCAUCCACCACCACGAUGCGCUGAUACGGACCACAACUUCCAUCUCAAUGAACCCACAGAUAUCAAAGUGCCAAAUUCAUAGGGCACCCUCAACUACUCGUCUUACAAUGGGAUACGAAUGUCCUGCUCGUGACGACACAACUGGACACAACGUAAGACAAGGAACCAACAAUAUGCAAGCAAAAGUCUACACAACCAACUGAACAAGACAAAGGGACUCCACUGGAUCAGGCGUCUGUUUGUCAAGCAAGACGUGACAAAACAUGGCGGUCUUACAUUCAUGGACUAGAAUUGAUGCCAUACAGUGGCAGAUCUAUCCGGCCAUUUCGAAUCACCUGCAAGAAAACAGAACAUUACAAUUUUUGGUUGCGCGUGUAACAUGGUUGGUCCCUGACAACAGCCCUGCAACCUACAAACUGUGAAUCAAAGGACCUGAAGCAACGAUAUAGUAGCACAAGUAGCUGUCAGAUGACAAUGCUUGGUAGCUGUCUGAGCUUUUGUUACGUCGCUCCAUAACAGGCAAAUAUUUCUUAGAUUGCCCUUAAAUAUUGGCAGUGGAGGCUUAAGAAUAAAAAGUUUCAAUAAUAAUUAUAAAUGGGCAAUUAAACACGUUUUUAAAAAUAAUUUGGUAAAAAGAGCCAUUUGGA